CCCCCCUCAGCUCGUCGUGCUUCCUGCCUUGCUGAGGGAGGGGACGGUGCUGACGGCUGGUAGGACGAACGGAGAGCCGAGAAAGCUUUCGGGAAGCUGUAAAAAAGUGGGGAACGGCCGGGGUUUCCACCGUCCGUCGGGAGAUAAGCACCACAGUUUUCUGUAGCUGCUGGAUUUGUCACCGAACAGGCGCCGAAAAAUGUCGACCAGUCGUCAGCUUAGCGAGAGCAGGGCCAUCCCGACCAGGACGGUGUUGAUCAACGACACAACGCAGCUACCUCAUGACUACUGUACCACCCCUGGAGGCACUUUAUUUUCCACCACUCCUGGAGGAACCCGGAUCAUUUACGACCGCAAGUUUCUGCUGGACAGGCGCAAUUCUCCCAUCGCUCAGACUCCUCCUGCACAUCUGCCUGUCAUCCCUGGAGUGACCAGCCAACAUGUCCUGAGUGAGAACCAGAAGAACGAAGCCAACAACCACAUCAACAACCGUGAUGGCAAACCCACUACAGGUGACGACGCCCAGUUUGAAAUGGACAUCUAACCGCCUGGGGCCACACCAGCAUAAGGAAAUGACCUGGCACUGUGUGUGCCAGUGGCUUGGCUUAUAGAAACCAAUGUUGUGAGCCCUCAUGGCAGCCAUCUUUGUUAGCUCUUUGUCUCACUGCUGGAUGUAAUGUUUGUAAACCCCAGGGCGAUUCGGUAUACUUUAUAUGCACAUACAGAGCGGCCAAGUCCGAAAACUAGGGUUAUCUGAGUAACAAUGGAUCGCAGUACAAAUUUCAAACAUUUUCAUUAAAAGGGACCUGAAUAUUUUGCACCCCAAAAAUUAGUCAGUUUUUGUGCUCAUUUUACAGCUUUCUGAGAGUCCAAACUGGAAAUAUAAACAUUAUUCCAAAUUAAUUUGAGAAAGAAGUAGUACUUUUUUUUUUUUUUUACUUUGGAAUUAAAAAAACUUUGAUAUUCUUCCGUCUUUGUUUUUAAAGACCUCUGGUUUUCUGUUUGUUGUUGUUGUUUUUUUUUUUAAACUACUCCAAUAACUCCAGGAUCCAUAACCACUUGGACCACUUUGAUUCCAGUAAUGGUACCUGAUGAAAUGCUGUAUAAUUCUUGUUUUUCUAUUAGGAAAGGACCUAACACCAUUCCAAGCAUUUAAUCCCAAAUUUCCCAACAUUUUGCUGCAAUAUUUCAUUUGUAAGACUCCAGGAAAAAAAUGCUUAAAAACAAAUUUAGGGCAAAAUUGAGCAGAUAUAAAUCAUCGGAUAAUUGAAUAUCAAAUGAAGCACAGAUGUAAGCGACUUAAAAUAUUUCUUGAAAUUAAUUUCAGCAAAG